CUUUAAUUAAUCAACGAAUUGAUAUUCAUACUACAUUAAUUAUCACGUUUCAUUAUACGGGAAUCAACGCCAUACUAUAACUAGCGUAUCGUUGACUCAUUCACUGCAAAUUUAUAGCCGUAACGUCGAGGCGAAUGAUCAUCACAACAUGUCUAUUUUCAUCAACAUCGUACACCAAGGCACUAUCUACUUUUCCCAGCGUCGCUGGUCAGACGACAUUGAUUUCCUGCAAGUAGCGUCCAAAAGGCUACGAGGUGCAACAAACGAACAUACAUUUGGCGCAAUCUAUCUGGGCUUCUGCUGGGAUUGGCUUCAACAGGAUGAUAUCGUUCGCCCAUUUGAAGAUCGACGCCAUAUCCAUCUCACCGCAAUUUGGACUUUUGACCUGGAUGCCGGUGUGCUCCGUUGCGAGAAGAAAACUGGUAACUCCCAAGUGCCUCUUAGUGUACUUCGACAACGUGAGAUCGGUCUGCUGGAUCUCCAGCCUUAUGAGCAACCACUACCUCUAAAGAAUACAAUAUUUUCCAUGUUUACAGCACCAACUUGGAACUUCCGGCGACUUACAACGGAGAAACGUAACCUCGAGCGGCACAAGGCUUUUGUGAGUCGGAUGCUUUCCGACUUUGCAUUUCAAUGGAGGCACAUCCUCUGCAGCCGAUACAACGAUAUUACUUUCAAACGGCUGGCAAACGCAGUGCUCAAAAUUGCCACUUUGGACAUUAAUGUUCUGGAAAUCAACAGCCCUCGUAGGAGCUGCGGUGGACAUCUGCUUUGGAUCCACGAUCUCCCUCAUUGGGCCACAGUACAAGGGAACAUCAUCCGAUACCCCUCGACAUCCAUUGUCGUGUCACGGCACAUGCCCCACGCAAUCGCAUUGAUCCGGCAGAAUUUCGCGGAACGAAACGCCUUGAAACGAGAUUCCUCCCGCACACCCAGUAAUGCCAACUUCUACCUAAUCCUAACAAUGGACAAGAUCGUCCGAUACUUCAUCUCCGACGACUCAGAGGCCUACUCCGCACCAGAAAACCUCUUUGAAGAAGACGGAUACACGGUCUCUGCACGGGGCCUCGAGAUGCUCCUCGAAUGCACACUCACCAAGGCGCGCCCGUCCCUCAUUCAUGGGCUCCCCUCCGAGCUCCAGGAUAUGAUCCUCGAGCACACAUCACACGGUCCUAUCGAGCGCAGUCGAAUCGCCUGUGCGCUAGACAUCGGGACAGUAUUCGACUGGAAAAACGGCAAUAGGGUCGUAGAACGUCAAGUUUCUCUUACGAACCGAAUGGUGGAAUCGCCCGUCGAGUCACAGGUUUACUUGGCUGGUGAGUUUAGCGGUCUGGUGUAUAAGUGAUGUGUUUAUGCGGGGUACUUUCUGGGGAUGGUCUGCUUUGUUGAUGGUCUCAAGGUGUUCAUCCACAUACCCCUUUUUAUACGGAUGGCAUCGGGAUCCGCCCCAACCAACGUGCAAUUCUGAGAAUAUGUCCCACAGCGUCAACAAUCUCCAUUUCGCCACCUACUUUGCUUAGUCAGAGUAGAGUCAUAGGGCAAGCAGGUAGGCAGGGCAGCCCAGGAUACGUAAACCAGCCCAAUCUUACUGCUUUCAAACACCCUACCCAGUCCUUCUUCCUUC